ACGUAGGCUGCAGAGUAAGUGAGUCUUAGGCUGCCUGAUGCUCAGUCACCACCUUGAGCCUAAUAAGCAGUGAGACCCCAACACAGUGUGAGGUUCUUAGGAAGUUGCUAAUUGAAGUGGAAAUGUGGUGUGCCUGAGGAUCCAGGUCGCUGAAGCAAGUGAAGCCUGAAGUCUCGCUCUGAAUUCACAUCACUUAGCAUGCCUGUCCCCAGUGCCAUGACACGGGAGGGGCAGUUCAGGGAGGAGCUGGGCUAUGACCGAAUGCCCACACUGGAGCGGGGACGGCAGGACCCAGGCCGGCAGGACCCAGGCAGCUACACCCCUGACGCGAAGCCCAGCGACCUUCAGCUGUCUAAGAGGCUGCCCUGGUGCUUCAGCUACAAGACCUGGGUCUUCUCCAUGCUGAUGGGGAGCUGCCUUCUUGUGACCUCGGGUUUCUCGCUGUACCUGGGCAACGUGUUCCCCUCGGAGAUGGAUUACUUACGGUGUGCAGCAGGCUCUUGCAUCCCCUCAGCCAUCGUGAGCUUUGCUGUUUCAAAGAGAAACGUCAGUGCGAUUCCCAACUUUCAGAUAUUGUUUGUUUCCACAUUCGCCGUCACCACCACGUGCUUGAUAUGGUUUGGGUGCAAACUGGUCCUGAAUCCCUCAGCAAUCAAUAUAAACUUCAACCUCAUUCUGCUCCUCCUACUGGAGCUUCUCAUGGCGGCCACAGUGAUUGUCUCUGCCCGGUCCACCGAGGAGCCCUGCAGGAGGAAGAAGGGCUCCAUCUCUGACAGCAGCAGUCUUUCAGAGGAAGUGCCGUUUCCUGCUCGGAUCCUAAGAUCCUACUCUGUGGUCGAGGUCAUCGCUGGUGUUUCUGCUGUCCUUGGUGGGGUCAUCGCUCUGAACGUGGAUGAAGCUGUCUCAGGCCCGCACCUCUCAGUGACAUUCUUCUGGAUCUUGGUGGCUUGUUUUCCAAGUGCCAUUGCCAGUCAUGUGACGGCGGAGUGUCCCAGCAAGUGUCUGGUGGAGGUGCUGCUGGCCAUCAGCAGCCUCACGUCCCCGCUGCUGUUCACAGCCUCCGGGUACUUGUCCUUCAGCGUGGUGAGACUCGUGGAGAUCUUUAAAGAUUACCCGCCUGCCAUCAAAUCCUACGACCUGCUGCUGCUGCUGCUGCUGCUGGUGCUGCUGCUGCAGGGCGGCCUCAACACGGGCACCGCCCUCCAGUGCGUGAGCUUCAAGGUCAGCGCCCGGCUGCAGGGCACAUCCUGGGACGGCCAGGCCAGCCACCAGGAGCGCCCAGACGGGGAGGUGGCCAGAAGCCCCCUGAAGGAGUUUGACAAGGAGAAAGCCUGGAGAGCCGUUGUGGUGCAGAUGGCCCAGUGACCACAGUGCACGUCCAGCUGCAGGGCCUUCACUGCCUGCGGCCACCACUCUAACACACCCUUUCCCCUUCCCGACUGCAACUCUUGUUCUCAUCGUGCUUAAUCUGAAGUAGGCGAAGGUGGACUGUUUUGUCCUGUGGGAUCCAUCAGCCUAGUGCUGCUUAGGUGGCCCCUGGUGGGGAUGCAGAGGGGAGUCUGGACAGAGGUGUCCCCACGUCCUGGUCCCCUCUGGCCUGGCCUCCUUCGUCUGGCCUGUGUGUGCUCUGCCAGUCCCGCUCUGCCUCACUUUACACUUUCCCUUCUAAGAUGACCCUGCUCCAGGGCCCAGCCCAGCAAGUACCCCUUCCCCACCACGAAACAGGCUGAGCUCUUCUGUCCCAUUCCUAGAACUGGACACCCUCCGCUUGGUUGCCACCACACUUUUCCCACACCCCAAGUCUCCAUCCCGUCCUCGAUUACACCCAGUGUUCUAGAGGCUCCACCUCCUCCCCAGCCCUGGAGGAUGUCCCUGGGGUCCUCGCUUCCAGUUUGGAACUUAGCAGGGCUGCGGACAGUCAGUGCUCUGCAGGAGGGAGCUGAGAGUGGGGCCUGGGAACCUGGAUGUGACCUUGUUGCUGCUCACUACCCACAUCAGUGGUGGACAAGGCUGAGCCUCUCCACCUUUGCUUGGCUGCUGCAGGGUGGACCCUACUUGAGGGCGGGCAGUGCCUGGGCCCCAGGCCUCUCACGGCCUGAGUGGUCCCUGCUCGCAGGCUCUGACCAGUGUCUCCAUCUCAGCUGCUUGGUGUCGGAGCACUUGGGUGCUUCUCCGGCAUGUCCUGUCACUACCCUGCUGCCAGGCUGCAGGGACAGUGUGGGUGAGAAUGACAUUGGCUUCAGUUAAAACCAUGGUCAAAGAGUUGGUUUGUGCGCCAUCUCCUGGCCCCCUGGAGGACACAGGGUCCUCCCAGUUGACAUGGCACUGGAAAUCCCCAGUGAGUUGGGGCACCUUGUGAAAUAGGAAUGUGACUGACUGAGGAAUUGCUUCCCAGUUGGUUCUUUCGGUCACGAUCAAAGCGUUUUUCUCUUCUUACAUGAGAUGAACAGCUAUGCUCUGGCAGGUACUAGUGUCUGUGCUUCACUGAGCUGGGUGUAGUAACUGCUCCCCCUCCCAGGGGGCCUGGUGGAAAGACCUGGAAGCCAUUAGGACCAAUGGACCAGUAGAUCAGAGACUUGACGGGAUGGGCAGCCUGGCCAGGGGGAUGUGAGGAACUUCCCAGGCAUCUUACUCCUGACCCCGGGUGACCCUGGCUGCCAGGAACCAUGAUUGGGGGGGGGGGGUCAUUAUUUUCAGUCGUAGAAGAGGAAUGCAGGUAAGACUCAGGAAGCUGGAGGGUGCCAAGAAAGCUGUCUCCAGCCCUGGGCGACCUCUCUACAGCCCUUGUCCUGGGCAGAUCCAGAGGACAAAGCUAGCUAACCCAAACAAGCACCACCACCGAGGGCAUUCUCCUGCCUGCAUGAGACCCAGGUCCUCAGGCUGGGUGGCAGCCUCCCUGCACUCUGGAGUGAGGAGGCCAGGACUGCCCUGGGGCAGUAGUCAUCUUCUGAGGACCAGAGGUCAGCUUCCAGAGCCAGGACAAUGUGGCUGGAGGAUUACUGCUGGCUUGCACUUUAGAGAACUAAACAACCCAAGUGGAGUUUCAAAAUUGUCAGUUUCGAUUUAUACUUUUUUGGUAUCAUUUAAUAUGCUAGAAUAAAUGCUAACAUACCAAAGUG